UUCGCGAGUCAGGUAGAUCUAGAAUAAAUUAUUCAUUGGCGGAUAAAUAACGAUACAUCACGAAUACGUCAAUAUGUUUGGACAGAGGGUAUAUGGCCUUCAAUUAGACAAGUCGUCAAAAUUGGCCUCUGGUGUAUUCGAUUAGAAACCGGUGGUAUUUUACGUGGAUUUUAUAUAUAAAAAAAAACAGUUCUUUAAGUGCUUUGAUACGAACAUGUAAAGCCGUGCAUUUAAUUUAGACUUUGAUAAAAAUAAAUUAGUAGACACAUAGUGCGGAAUUUAUUUUGUCUUAUAAAAUAUGACGUCUCUUCAACGAAAUUCUUUGUUCCGAUCUAUGUCAAUGUCAACGAAGGAUCAGGGGCAUAGACCGGAAGUGAUAACAAGGAAACAAAAGCCAAGUUCGCUGAAACCAGUUAGUUCUUCAAUGGAUAAUAUGCUAUUGGAAAUGUCACGUGACACACUAGAGGAAUGGUUUCCGGGAACUAGUGACUUCAGCCGGACAGAAGGCAUGCAAUGUCUGAUUAUUCCGGACAAAGUUCUUUUCACUGAAAUUGUUCGACAGCAAAGAUCAUUUUCGUUAAACUAUGGUUGUGGACACUGUAGUCUUGAGGAAGAAAUAUCACAUCGUGACAGGAAUCUACCGUUGACUCGGAGUGCAAGUUUGAAGACACCUGUGAGAAAAAAUCUGACGAAUACCGUUGGAACUUUAUCGAAAGGACAAACGAGAGACACCGACACAAUACCACGCUCGAGAACAAUGCACUCAUUUAGCCAAGAAGAAAGAAAAGCAGAGUCCGGGGUGCAACUGAGAAGAUGUCUUUCUUUUAAUGAAACAAAACGAAAUUCACACGCUUGUUGUCAUUUAACAUCCCCGCCAAAAACAUAUGGACGCAGCCCCACCCCAACGGAGAAACAACGUUCUAAAAGUAAUGCACAGAGUCGUGUCAGGACUUCAAGUAGCUUGUCUCUAGAUUCCGUCGGUUUAAGUAAUGGAUGUGCUAGCACAAUGAGCGUUACGUCGAGAAGUUCUUCAGAAUGUGAUUUUGAUCUUUCACCACGCAAAUCGAAGGUGUCUGGUUCACCAAACAAGCGUCAAAAUUAUGAAACAGAAACAACAAAACCAGUGCGACCGAGUCACAUUCCACGACCAGUCACGCCUGCCAGAGAUUUGAAGCACAGACCAAGAUGUUUCACAGUUAGUGGGACAAGCACCGCUGACUUUGCAUCACUUAACAAAAGAAGUUAUCCUGGGAACCUGAAGAAGUCUCAGUCAUUUAAAGAGAGGACAAAACCAGGGGUAGUCCGAUCAGCGCCAUCUUCUGCUGCUCAGACUCCAACAAACGCUUGGAUUGCAAAUGGCGUGUGUUCUCUGCAGUCACGCGACUUAACCGCCUCUCUUGAAACACUGGACGGUAUAAGACAAUCGGACGGAAAGUAUUCGCAGACUGUUCCUGAUGAAGAAGAAGGUUACCCAGUUCCACAACCCCCGGGCAAGACACGGGCAGAAAUUUACAACCAUCGGGACUUUGUUCAUGUUGAUGAAUGCGUAUCAGAGGGCAACGAGGCAGUACUACUAGAUAGUUUUGACGAACUGCUGAAGUUCCUGUUAGAAGAUCUUACUACAGACAUCACCAAGGUUCGAGCCCUGUACCGCUGGCUUGUCACCCAACAGCUGCCAUUAACCACUCGGCCUGCGCACAGGAACCUACAAACACCACGAGGAUUUCUCUAUAAUAUUAGACAACAUCGAGCGACGUAUGCUGAAUUAUUUGCAACAUUAUGCAGAAAAGCUGAGAUAAUGUGUGUUGUUAUACAUGGAGUGGCCAAGGGCAUAAACUACAACGUUGGAGAUAAGGUUACGUACAAAAAGGGCAAAAACUCGUGGAACGCCGUUUACAUAGAUAAUUGUUGGCAUUUCGUUCAUUCGCAUUGGGCUGCGCAUUCUGUGAAUGGCUAUAAAACCGGAGGCUGGACACUUGUUGAAUGUGACGAGUUUCAUACAGAUGGCGCUGUACUGGAAGUACAACAUACUAAAAAACCAAACGAUUUCUAUUUCUUAACAGAUCCCGAUAAAUUCAUCACCAAAUGUUUCCCAGAAGACAAUAUGUGGCAGUUGCUGCAUAAACCAUUAUCAAAAGCGGAGUUUGAAGAUCUGCCGUUCGUGCAGCCGGCUUUCCAUGAUUUAAAAUUGUCCAUUCACGAUACUCACUCAUGCGUGAUACGUGCAAAUAAUGGAAAAGCGGAAGUGAAAAUCGGCAUUCCUUCUGACCGCGGAAAAAGGUACAAGUUUGGUUAUAAGCUUCUCGCACGUCAACAUGUUGAAUCAGAGGGCGAAUAUGACGUCAUGUUACUGAGCCGGUAUAUUCUUCAUUACAUCCACGACGACAUGGCCGUGUUCGAGUUGCGAUUUCCCAUCAUUGGUGUCUUUAAUCUAGAAAUACAUUGUACAGAUCCAAAAAGACCAUUGAAUACUGACUGGGUUUGCGAUUAUAAGAUCAUUUGUUCUGAGGUAAUGCCAUGGUGUGAACCUUUGCCGAUCGUCCCACAGAUUGGAUGGGGUCCCGGGGAAGCACUAGAUGCACGUGGAAUAGAGAGUCUUACUUGCAAGCAGCCGGUUGUAAGUCUUGACGGAGACACCGUAACUUAUAUUCGUUUUGCAAUGCCUAAAAACAAAGCAAUUGAAUUAGAAGCUGACUUUAUUUCAAAUAACCAAUCAAGGGACGAGUUAUGCCAGCACGUGAGUACAGAAACUGAUGACGAAGUUGUUGUUGUGAAGGUGUCGCCUCCUGGUGAAGGUGAAUAUGCUUUGCAGAUAUUUGUGAAGGAGGAAAAUGGAGAUCGCAAGAACGUGUGUAACUUCCUUAUGCAUAGGACGCAAAUUGUUGAGGAUCCUGAAUUAGCUGACAUCCGAGCUGAACUUAUCACAGCUACGGAGAAUGGUGAAGUAGAUAUCCUGUCUCACUGGAUAGACAAGUUUGUUGACCGUAAUAUGGAAGACCGUGGAGACUUGUCUGCAGCAAAGAAGAAACUUCAUUUAGCUAGAUUAAACAGAGAUAUAAGGGAAGCGAUUGAUAGGAAGGACCUUGACUAUCUGGAAAAGGCUUUACACAGUGCCAGUGACAUGACUAUUCGACAAAAUCUUGGUGAUCUCGCUGUGCAGGCCGAAGCUGUCAGGUCAAGACUUAGACGAUUGAAAAGACUGCGACACGAAGUUCUUGCCAUGGACCAGAAAACUAUAUCCGAAUUAAGGAGUUAUCCGAAACCUCCCCAAGCUGUCCAUAGUGUCAUGGCCGCCACUUUCAUGUUGCUAGGCAACAAGGAGUCAGAGUUGAAGAAAUGGACGAAAAUACAAAGUUUGAUAAUGAAGCGCGGAAAGGAGACCCUCAAACGUCGUGUAGCCGAGUUCAACAUAGACAACGUGUCACCGGCAGUUUUGACACGUGUUCACGCCAUUCUUUCACGGUUUGAUCUUGAAACCGUGCAGAUAGCUAGUGCUGGAGCUGCUACUUUCUACCAAUGGGCAAUCACUAUGGCCGGAGAAACUGAUCCCAUAGACUAACAGAUACACGCUGGACGGUCCGGGUGGAUUUAGAUAUAAAAUAAAUAUAGUAUAUGUUUUGCAUAAAAAUAAGUUCACAAAUUAUACGGAAUGUACUUUUUUCACAUGUUAAUAAAAUUGAGUGAAA